UGUAUUUUUUUCAAUAGACUUACUAUUAGACACUUGCUGUUGGAAGGGAGUAUCGUGUAUAAAAGCUGGUGACACGCAGUACUAUACAUCAUUCCACCUUGUAUCCUGGCAGAGAAGACCGGUUUACCAGUUCAAGCGAUAUGUUCUACUUAUCAUUCUUGGCUUGUUUGGCCGCGGCAACUGGCCACACCUUUAGUACCGUUUUCUCGUGGAAGCAGGUCGAUUUUAAACUUCCAAAUGAUACCAUCCGAAACGAGUACAUAGCUUCCGGCGAUUUCGUCCCGGAGAAUAAUAUGCCAUUAGGUUUGGCCAUUUGGCAUAAAAAAGUGUUCGUUACAAUACCGCGGUGGAAAAAUGGUGUUCUGGCGACUUUAAAUACUCUUUCAACGGAAGAUGAUACGCAGAGUCCAGUUUUUAUGCCGUAUCCUGAUCUUGAGGCAAAUAACAUUCAUUCGUCCGAUGGCCUUGUGAGCAUUUUUCGCGCCAGAGUCGAUGCUUGCGAUCGUUUGUGGGGUCUCGACACGGGAGUAAACGAUAUUUUGGGAGAUACAAAAGUCGUGCAACCGAUGAGACUCAUUGUAAUCGACUUAAAAACGAAUAAGAUUAUUCUACGAUACCCUUUGAAAGAUAAAGACGUAAAAACGGAAAGUUUCAUCGCCGAUCUUGUGGUCGAUGUUGCACCUGGACAAUGUGACAAAGCGUACGCAUAUAUGAGUGACUUGACCGAGUAUGGCAUAGUGGUGUUCAGUUUGGAAAGAAAUGAUUCCUGGCGGAUUAAUCACAACUUCUUCCAUUUCGAUCCACUGCAUGGUGAUUAUAAUAUCAGCGGCUACAACUUCCAAUGGACUGACGGUGUUUUUGGAAUGUCGCUGUCGCCAAUUGAUAACGAUGGAUAUAGAACACUGUAUUUCCACGCUAUGUCCGGUAUCACGGAAUUUAGCGUGUCUACAAGCGUUCUGCAGGAUAAUACAUUAAAAAAGUCAGAUACCUAUCAUAAUUUUCACAUCGCUGGUACCAAGGGACCGCUGACUCAAGGACCAUCUUCCGUCAUUGAUCCGGAAACGUGUAUCAAUUAUUUUGCUCAAGUGAACAGAAACGGCAUCGCGUGUUGGGAUACUACAACGAAAUUAAAUCCGGAAACAUUCAAAUUAGUGGCGCAGGACAACACGACAUUGGUGUUUCCUCAAGAUGUAGUUAUCGAUAAUGACGCUCGAAAAGUAUACGUACUUUCUAACAAUUUGCAAAAAUUCCUAACUGGCCGCUUCAAUUCGUCUGAGACGAACUUCUUUAUCACUUCGGCUGAUCUCGAAACAUUAACGUCUCUGUGCAGAGAAUCGUCAUAAUCGAGCUAAUUAAAAUAAACUUUUUGAAUCCAAUUAUACAUAAUGUAACAUACAAUGAUGUAGUAAUUGAAGCCUCUACAACAGACUGUAUUUUAUAUUUAUAUUAAUUAAGACACAUAAAUGCUUUAAGUGUUUACAUAAUUUUUAUCUUAACAUCUUUGA